AAGGGCGCAGAUGAAAGCAAGAUUGGCACGGAUCAGGAUCGCGAAAGCGUCGAGCGGGGCGGCCUUCGUGAGCAAAAAGAAGGCGGCCGAGGCACGUUUGGCCGCCCAGGAGAGCGGCCUUCAGCUGGACGACAAUUACAAGGAGGAGGAUAUCUUCGAGCUGCAGCAUCAUCAUCUACUUCGUUGUUUAGAGAAGACCACGGAUCGCGAGUUCGUGGAGAUGGAGGUGCCCUACAACGGUGCCCCGAAGAGGCCGGGCUCUCCCUCGCCCCUCACUUCUCCCGCGCACAGCACUGCCUCGAGGGGCGGCCUGCUGCACGCCUGCUGCGGCCGCUGCUACCCCCAACGUUACCAGUUCCACGAGACGACGCUGAAGCAUUCGCGGUGUGGAAGACACCGGAGCGGAAGUGAUAUUCGUCCCGGGCGAACACCGCGUGUCGGUCGAAGACGACGGACGAAAAAGAGAAAAGAAGAGAGGGGGGGAACAAAAUCUCUUCUCGCACGCGUUGUUUCGUUCUCGGGUAUAUAUAUAUAUAUAAUCGUAUAGAGUGUCCCACUAUUCUUUUUUUCCCUUUAUCCAGUUCGACGGGGGAAUUGGAUAAAGCCGGCGACCAAAUCAAAUUGCAUAUAAUGAACGCGUGGAAAUGGGAUUCGCGCGAAACGAAAAAACGGAGACGAACGAAGCUCGUUCUCUCCGAUCAAUUUCGUUCCCUUGGCCUUGUUUCGUAUCCUUCGUAUCGAGUGUCGUGCGUUGUUCGAUCUUUCGAACGCGUUACUUCUUCGAUUAAUCGCGCGUUCGAUCGUGGACACACGUGGUGUGCCACGUGUAUCUAGGUUCUAGAUAAUGUUAUACGUGUUACAAUGCGGAUUUGAGCAGCAGCAGGUUCGAGACCAAAGGUGCGAGCUUUCGGCCCUAAAAAGAGAAAUUAUUAGUCUUUAAGGAGAGAGAAAAAACCAACGUUCUUUUCUCGUAGAUAGGGAGAGAAAUCGCAACUCGAGAUUACGUAUUAGCUAUUAUACGGAGGUGUAUUAUAGGAGAGGAGGCGGGUCGAUCGAUCAUUCGAUCGCGAGAGAAUGGUUGAUCGCGAACACCCUUCGUUUGGGUUUGCAUUGGGAUCCGGCUUGCUUGUCCGCGUGUUAAAUUGCGCGUGCUAUCAACUCUUUUCGCUUGUAAUUGUAAUUCUUUUCCAACGAGCUCCAAUUUUCCUCGAUACUCUCUCCUGAUAAAAAGAAACGACAACCCUCCCUCUCGUGAAAUGGAGAAUUCAGAACGGAGGUAGAAUUUUUCUCUCUUUUUUUUUUCUUUUCUUUCUUACAAUCGAAAUUGGUCGAGCAUAAUUCGUGGAAACGUAUUUAAUAAUCGCGUUAUACAGAUUCGAUGAUAUCGAACGGUUCGUUUUAAUAAUGGUGAUUCACGGCUGGGAAUAAUCGUGUAAAUAUUUCCAGCCGAGAGAUUUAUCGAUCGAUUCCUAAAUUAGCGACAUAAAUUCGCACCAUCCCCGAUCUCGUUCGUAUCUACAGCAAGCCGGAUCCGAGUGCCGAUCUCGAGUACCGUUUGAAGCCCAAUCCUCGGCCAUUCCACGAUCAAUUAAGGGUUGUCGUCCAUUUUCUAUUAAUUAAUCCGAAUAAAUCUGUUUGAGCGGCGAGUCGUUGUUGGAUGCGUGCAAAUUUGUGUAACGUUUUUCCUUCGUUUUUAUCAUUCUCUUAAUCGAACAAUUUAACGAAUCCUCGUCCGUUGUGCUGUAAAGAUUGAACUGUUUCCGGUAUCGUCGAGCGAGCGAGUUACUCGAAUAAACUUUCCAAAGCGUCGACACAGAAACCGUCCUCCUCUCAAUCAAAAUAAUAUUCGUAAUACUCUUCUCCACCAUUUUCAUUUUCCACCAUCUUCCUCGAAUCGCUCGAACUCGAUAUUGCAACACUUUAGAUCGCGCAGAAGAGUUUCAAACUUACGAGCCGCGACAACAUUUGACCAGAAUCGUUCGAUUGAUAGAAGAAACGUUUGUCACGAGCCGCGAAACGGUUAUUCGGAUAUUCGGAAAGUAUAGCGGACGAGGUGGAAAUUUUCUCAAGGACAUAUGUCCACGCGUUCGAAACCAUGGAAUAUAUUUAGAGAAAGAAAUUUGUAACUCUGGAGAGUUAUCUCUUCAAAUAAGUGACAAAUAAGAGAGGAAUCGGAUCCUCUCUCUCGAUUUUCGUAGAUUUCCUUUUUUUUUCCCAGUGCCCAGUCCUUUGAUCGAGCCGAGGAUGAGAUACGAUUUUUAAGUAAGAUCCUUAAGAUCCACACAUUCCAACCAUCUUGUCACGAUUACGCGACGCUUCUCUCUUCCGAGAAAGAAAGAAAGAAGGAAAGGAAUCGGGGAGAUCCUUUGACGAGGCGAUAUGUCUGAAAGGAAAUAAAGAGAUUGAGAUUUUUUAA